UUACGCAACUGGAGCAUAGAAGGAUACACAUUAGCAAUCAUUAUUAUAUAUGGAUACACAUCUGUACAGGCUGUCAGUAGUGGGACAAGUAAAGAGAAUUGAGCUGGGCACCGGCAGGCAUCCUCAAGCAGGGCCCAGGCGGUGGCUCUCUCCAUGGAAAGGCUGAAGAGGGUACAGUCAAGGCACCCUGAUGGGUGCAGAGGUCAGGGAGAUUUCAGCAAUUACAGGGGCACUGCUGGGGGCACGCUGCUGAGAAGGGCAGUUUCAAGGGCACUGAGCACAUUAGGCAUAACCCAUGAUAAAAGGGAGGUGAUGCACUGAUGAUGAUACCGAGAAUGCUAGCAAAUAAAACUCACUUAAGACUCAUUUUGGAGUUUUAGAACACAAGCACCCUUUAUCAUGCUUGGGCAACACAAGCCAGCGAUUGUAGCCAGGGGCCUAUAAGAAAGCUGGAGAGGGACUAUUCAUAAAGGCUUGUAGUAACAGGACAAGUGGGAAUGGGUAUAAAGUGGAGAGGGGCAGAUUUAGGCUUGAUAAAAGGAAGAACUUCUUCACCAUGAGAGUGAGGAGGCAUUGGCACAGGUUUCCCAAAGGGAAAUUGUGGAUGCCCCAUCCCUGGAGGUGUUCAAGUCCAGGUUGGAUGGAGCCCUGGGCAGCCUGACCCAGUCGGAGGUGCCCCUGCCCAUAGCAGGUGGCUUGGAACUGAAUGAUCUUUAAGGUCCCUUCCAAUCCAAACUAUUCUGUGACUCUAUGAUUCUAUGAUCUCCAUUAAUCGUGUGCAGCAAGACAAGAGCUGGGACAGAACAGAUUCCCCAAUUACAUGCAUAUGGAUAAAUUCUCUCAGAAAUCUUAUGCAUGUUCUAUUACUUUCCAAGGUCUAAUUUUAAUGUUAUUAUGAACUUCACAACAGCCAAAUCAUUUGCUCAUUUGGAGCUCUGCCUGAUCAUUUGCUCAUUUGCCAGCUCUGCCUGACCUUGCGUUUGAGCCAGGGAAAGGCUGGAGACAGAGGGUAUUGCAGAGGAAGAGACACCUGUUCAGCACAGACCACACUGAGCACAAGGCGUUAUCAGCUCCAGAGGAUGAGCAGUGUCUGAAGAAACACUGCUUGAAAGAAAACAUGCUCUCAGAAGGACAUUCUGUCUGACUUUCAAUAAAUACAAUUACUUAGAUGAAAUGAAUUUUAGCUUAAAUUAAAGAUAUUCCACUUUCCGUAACAGUAACCGCCCCGAUCAUCAGCUAUGCCUCCACGCGCUCCCGGCAGCCCCUGCUCACACUACAUCGCCCCUGGGCUGCGCACGCGCACUCCCGCACGAGCCGAAUACACUACAGAGCGCAUGCGCUGGCAGUUCCGGGUUCCCGCCCUCCUUCUCUUCCUUACCGACUCCCCCUCCCCCCGCCUUUGCCAUGGCGACACCGAGUGGCCUGAUUCGCGCCUUGCACCGCGGGACCCUCGGUCAGAAUAUGGUCAUGGAUCGGAUUUUCUCUGGUAUUCAGCCAACUGGGACACCUCAUCUGGGUAACUACCUUGGAGCCAUUCAGAACUGGGUGAAUCUGCAGGAGGAGUGCAACUCAGUGCUAUACAGCAUUAUGGACAUGCAUUCUCUCACCAUGCCGAAGGAGCCAGCUGACCUGCGCCAGAACAUACUGGACACCACUGCUGCCAUCCUUGCCUGUGGUAUUGACCCAAAGAAGUGUUUCCUGUUCCGACAAUCACUGGUUCCUGAGCAUGCAGAACUUGCCUGGAUUCUUGGGUGCAUAACUAACGUGCCACGUCUGCUACGCUUGCCCCAGUGGAAGAUGAAGCGUGCCAGUCAGAAUAACGAAGGAACUGUUGGUUUAUUGACUUACCCUGUGCUUCAAGCAGCCGAUAUCUUGCUGUACAAGUCGACACAUGUUCCUGUUGGAGAAGAUCAAAUCCUGCACCUGGAACUAGCCCAAGAUAUAGCACAACAUUUCAACAAGAAAUACGGAGAAUUCUUUCCUGUGCCCAAAGCCAUUUUAAGUACAACAAAGAAAAUAAAAUCCCUCAGAGAUCCAACAGCGAAGAUGUCCAAGUCAGACCCACAGAAGUUAGCUACUGUUAACAUUGCAGACAGCCCUGAUGAAAUAGUGCUGAAGCUCCGCAAGGCUGUGACUGACUUUACAUCUGAGGUGACCUAUGACCCAGAUGGUCGCCCUGGUGUCUCCAAUCUCGUGUCCAUUCAUGCUGCAGUAACAGGGCUUAGCAUCAAAGAAGUGCUGCACCAGUCUGCUGGUCUUGACACUGCUCAGUACAAAAUGGUGGUAGCAGAGGCAGUUAUUCAAAAAUUUGCACCUAUCAGAAAUGAGAUCAAGAAAUUACAGGAAGACAAAUCCCAUCUGUUAAAGGUUUUAGAGAAUGGAGCAGAGAAAGCCAAAGAACUGGCUGCCCCUAUCUAUCAAGAAAUAAGACGACUGGUGGGAUUUCAAUAGAAACUACUGUGUAGUUGCAAGGACUUCUGUUUACUGUAACAGACAUUUUGUUAUUUGUAUCUUUUUAAUCAUUUUGUUUUGAAACAAAAACAUUUUUCCUGGAAAGUCCAAAUAGAACACUGAAGGUGUUAGCAUUACAAAAAUGUGCUUGAAGCCAGAUAUUUCCAGUGGGACCAGCACUGAGCUUGUCUGCAUAGUCAAAGAGGAAGGGCAGAAGCAAUCACAAUUCAUGGAGAAAUCCUGCAAAAGCAGAGCAUAAGGUUGCCUUUGGGGUUUUGUGGUUUUUUUUUCUACUGACCACUGCAUGAAGCUGAGGUAUAGGCAAGAGGAUCAGAUUCUAGCAGAAAGACUUGUAAUCUUUUCAAGAACAUCCUUAGCCGUGCAUGUGAUCUUGUUACAGAUGGACAACUCAUCCUCUUGGUGGUUAUUCAGCUUUGAUAUGGUGGUGUUCUUGGAUAACCAGGAUAAAAGCACAGGCUUACAAAUAAAAAUGCUUUGGAUGAUGAAGAGAGUACUUACUGCCUCUCCCUAUCACAUCUUCAAACUCAGUGUAAUUUUGUAUCUGCAUCUAGUUUGUGUGAAGUGGGUUGAUGUGUCUUAUGGAUAUGGAUGUCCAGACUCUAAAACUCACCAUGCCUACUGUGCUAGAUGGCCUCUUUGAUAGUCACUCCAAAGAACCCAGAGAGUGGACCUGAAUUACACUUCUGUAUUUCUGUGCCAUCCUGCUGGUCAGGACUAAGGUACUUCAGUGGGAAAUGAGUUGUGUUUCAGUUGCUGCUAGUCCACCUGCUGUUUGGUUUUGCAGGGAACUCCAGGAUUUUCAGUUCAGCACCAAGUCUAGGAUUUCUUUAGAAAAGGUACAGGGGAAAAGAUAUAAUCCCAUGUGAAAUAAAUCUUAGGCAGAGAAAUCAGAGAACUUUCUGUAAAAUUUACAAAGUUUACAUCUUUAGAAAAUCAUGCUGAGGUCAGAGGCAGAAUGGGAUUAAAUAGAUCUUUAUGAAAUCUCACUACUGAGCCUCAAGAAAACUCAGUGAUGGGAGAAUGGUAUUAACCUCUGCUGAUCUUGGGCCUACAAGACCCACAGACUGGAACACAUAGACUGUGGCAUUUGUCGGGAAAUAUGUGGCAAAGAGAAAACACUGAAAGGAGACACACCCUUCUGAAGCAGGGGUAGUAGUAAGUGUUAAAAGGUAAUGAAAGCCAUAUGGGUCCUGUGGAACCGUAUUUAGGUGUGUCAUUGCAUUUACUGGUGCUGUGUUUGAAAUGGCUAUAGUAUCAUGUAAAUUGAGUUCAUCCUGUACUGCAGCAGCUCAUAACCAAUGCCAUGGGUCUGUAACAGUUAGGGAGGAUUACAGUCUUAUACGGCUAAGUUAGUAAAACUGGGCAGAGGUUCUGUGUAGGGCAGAUGUAUGUUUGUUUGUUUUAAAAAGCCAUUUGCUUUUAAGUUUAGUUAAUUAUCAUAGUGAGGUGAUUCAGAAACAAAAGUAUUUAAUUUUGCAAAACAAGAAGUUGUGGACUGAGCAUCUGCACAUCGCUACUGAGACCUAUAUUCAUUUGUUAGGAAUCUGAAGAAGAGAACUGCCAUACAAGAACUUGAUGACAACAGAUUUUCUGGAGUUAGUCAAGACUAGAGGAGCAGAGUUGGUGGAGACAGAGUGAUGGGAAAACAAACUUCCUGUAGAUAAGUUGAAGGUAGCACCCUCUGGAAAGAAUAAAUGUAUUAAAAAAUAGUCCCUGGUUUCAAAUUAGCUGUAGCAAAUUAGGAAAGGGCAGAAUUAUAACUCUGUGUGUUUAGGUAGUUUUACAAAACACUUGCGGUGUUUAACAGCUGCAUUAGCUGGCAUGGAAACUGAGGCAGAAAAUUAAUGCACAGUUACCACUCACUGUCUACUGAUUUGGCAUGAAGUGUUUGCUAUGACACUUUUUAACAUGGGUUGGUUUCUGCAAGGGUCCCACAAAGCUAGCACUGUGCGCAUGGGGAUACUGAAAAUCUUUAAUGCU